UGUGCUUUUGUAUUCCUGUAGAAAUAUCUUGCGGUCCACCAACUUUUGUAGAAAAUGCCAUCACUCGAGGCGUGCGUUAUCAGUAUGGGGACAUGAUCACCUACUCCUGCUACAGUGGAUACAUGUUGGAAGGUCCCCUAAGGAGUGUUUGCCUAGAGAAUGGAACCUGGACAUCACCUCCUGUUUGCAGAGCUGUCUGUCGAUUCCCAUGUCAGAAUGGAGGUAUCUGCCAACGUCCAAAUGCCUGUUCCUGUCCAGAUGGCUGGAUGGGGCGCCUCUGUGAAGAACCAAUAUGCAUCCUCCCCUGUCUGAACGGUGGUCGCUGUGUGGCCCCUUAUCAGUGUGAUUGCCCACCUGGCUGGACGGGGUCCCGCUGUCAUACAGCUGUUUGCCAGUCUCCCUGCUUAAAUGGUGGAAAAUGCAUAAGACCGAACCGAUGUCAUUGUCUCUCAGCUUGGACAGGACAUGACUGCUCCAGGAAAAGGAGGACUGGGUUUUAACCACUGCACAACCAACCAGCUCUCCUAAAAGCAGGAUCAUCUCUUCCUGGGAGUCCUGGGCAUCCUGGAACUUACGCAAAGAAAUUCCAACACGGUGCUGGGUCUUGUUUUGUUUAGUAAACUUGUUAUUUUGGGUUUACCUUUUUAUUUUGUGUUAUAUUUUGUUAUUCGUUGUGACAUACUUUGUUACAUGUUUCCAUUUUUAAAUAUGCUUGUAUUUUCUAUAUAAAAAUAUAUUAAAUACAUGCUGCUCCGCUCACAAACUGUACAUACUCUGCUGUCUGUUGGGAAAGUUCCUGCUACACAUUUUUAUUCCGUUACUUCAAGUGAUUUUCCAAUUAAAAUAUAUUUUGCUAUGAAAUAAUAUUUUGCUGGAUAGUGCCAUUUUGUGAGCUGUCCAGGAAAUAAUGAAGAGGGUCAUGAUCUUUCAUCUGUGCUAUUGGCACAGUACAGGAUCACAAGCAGUGUACCAAGAAAUCCCAAUGAAGGAGACCCCUUCCUUCUAGCUCUUUCUUCUUUACAGUAUGUGUAACAGUAAAGGUUUCCUUUUAUUUAAUCAGCAGGUAAGCACUGGACAUACUACCCUCCAUACAGAAUGCUGUCCCGGCUCAGAGGGCAGCCUGGCUAAUUCCUUUCCCAGAACUUGUAAAGCUGUAGGCAAUCAACUUAGUGGACAGAGGAAGAAAGUAUAAUGGUCAUGGUUCACAAAACAAAGCGCUCCCCUUUCUUCUCGCAGCUGGAAUAAGAAAUGCAAGAACCGGAAGAUUAACAGAGAGCCCACUUCUGGGUCAGAAUUCCACAACUCACUGCUUUGGGAGAAAGGAGACAGGAAUAGCAGGACAGAGAAAGGAAAGGAAAAGUGCAAAUGGGAGAAGGUCCCCAAAACUGUGCUCCUGGUCUCACUUGCAAAAAAAGAAUUGAUGCUGCCCAAGGCAGAGCGGACCUGCUCCUCAGUCCCCGCUAACUCCAUCACCAUACUUCUGCCGGGAUAAAGACUUCCCGAAACUUCUGGGGGAAAAAGACGCCAAACGCUAGGUUUUGUUUAAAAUAGGAACAUCACGAUCACCUCACUUUCAUCCUCUGGGAGAAAUGUUCCCAAAUAGGCCAUGGAGUGCAUUGUAACGCUAUGAAGCAAUGCAGGAAUGAUGAAAAAGAUCUUCAUUGUCCUAGUGGUUCUCUUUACUGCCCUGCACGUACCGGCUGUUGACUUCUCCUUAUUUCUCCUGACAUUCGCUCUCGACCAAUUUUACGUGCUUACAAGCAUACCUCUUAUUUAGCUUAUCACUGUCCCGUCAGCUUCCAAACUAUGUUGAUCUUCAUCAUAAUCAUAAAACUACAAAAUGAAAGCCAAGUAACAAAAAGGAAGAGAGUACCAGAAAAUACAAGCUAGGGAAAGCUACUGCAAUUGAAAACAAAACUCACUUCUGAAAGUGUGCCUACGGAGUAGAACUCGUAUUGGGUUACUUUGAAUAGGUUAAAAAAUCCAUAUUUCACAAUAAGUCAAAUUAUCUGUGUUAUGCAGACAGUAAUAUGAAAUAAACCAUCAUACAUAUGAGGUUUGCAAAUCAUAUUUCCUAACUAGAAAUGUGAGUCACAGAGUAACAACACUAAAAGUAGUUGAAGAAUGUUCUUUUUUAAAUUUUCUAUACUGCAUAUAUUCACAAUGAAUUCUUAAAUUUCUAAAAAGGAAGUGAGAGUGUUUGUCCAGGAUGCCAAAACCUAUCUGUUCCAGACCAACUAUAACCAGUCCUGUAGUGAGGUAUUAAAUGCUUCCCUUUAAAAUCAGCAACAAAGCAAAAAAGCUGUCCCCACUUAUCUUGGACAUUAUUCUGUGAGUUCUAGCCAAAACAGUAAUACAUAAAUUUAUCAAACAAAUAAAAGGUAUAAAGAUGAGAAAAUUGAUAGUCACAAGUUUUAUUUUGGCAGAAGGUGAUACACCUUGUAAAAUGAAAACCCAAAGGCCUGAAAAUCCAUUAAAAACAGAGUCCAGUAAGCUGAAUUGUUACAGAUAAAUAUACAAAAAGAGCUUUCCUGAAUAUUUAUAAAGUAGAAAAUAUA